AUGAGUCUCACAGUCCACCACCUCGGCAUCUCACAAUCCGAACGAAUCCCCUUCCUCUGCGAAGAGCUAGGCAUAGACUACAACCUCAAACUCUACAAACGCGCACCCAAACUCGCACCGCCCGAGUACAAAGCCCUCCACCCGCAAGGCACAGCGCCCAUCAUCCAAGAUGGCGACAUCACACUCGCAGAAAGCGGCGCCUGCAUAGAAUACAUAAGUCACAAGUUCGGCAACGGCAAACUAUUCAUCAAGCCCUCGGACCCUGCAUACGCAGACUUCAUCUACUGGUGGCACUGGGCGAACGGCACGCUGCAACCCACCGUCGCGAGAGUCAUGAUGACGCGCGUUGCGGGACUGUCGGAAGACCACUGGAUUGUAGCGCUGGGCGUGAACAGACUGAAUGCUGCGCUGGCGGAGUUGGAUAAGAGGGUUGCUGGGAAUACGUGGCUCGCCGGGGAGGAGUUUUCGGCGGCGGAUGUCAUGAUUAUGUUUACGUUGACGACGAUGCGGUACUGGUCGCCGUAUAGUUUGGGGGGGUAUGAUGGUAUUUUGGGGUAUGUUGAGAGGGUUAGUAAGAGGGAUGGGUAUCAGAGGGCGAUGAAGAAGGCGGAUCCGGAGAUGGAGUUGGUUUUGGGGGCGGAUGCGCCAAAGGGGAUUGCUUGA